ACCAGACCGCCAGCCUCUCGACCUCCGCUCCGCGCGCCAUGGCGGCUGGGCAUGGCGAGGGCGCCGCCGUGUGCUGCAUGUGCGGCGACCGCGGCCUGGCGGACGAGCUGUUCCGGUGCAGGUGCUGCCGCGCCCGCCUGCAGCACAGGUACUGCAGCCACCUGUACCCGCGGCCGGCCGCGUACAGGCAGCAGCUGUGCAGCUGGUGCCUGCGGGCGGCUGCGGCUGCCAACAAGCCCGAGGAGAAGCGGGAGACGCCCGCGUCGGACGAGAAGGCGUGCUCGCCGCCGCCCGCGGAGCUCGGCCACCCGGUGAAGAAGAAGAGGCACCGGGCCGAGGAGAGUACGCCCGGGGAGGCGGUGGCCGGGCGGAGGAAGGCGGUGGUUGGUAGCUCAGCUGGUGCGGCCAGCGGCGGCGGCAAGGGCGAGGAGGUGGUGCGGGCGGGGAAGACGCGCGUGCACAGGGCCAGGGUGCCGCGGUACAAGUACAAGCUCCUCACUGACGUCAUCAUCGGCUGCUAAAACUACUACAGAGGCUACAGCAUCGAGAAUCAUGCAUAUACAAGAAGAAGAAAACGACGACGACCAGCAGCAGGACGACGACGACCAGCAGCAGGACGCCUCAGGUUCAGGCGGCUCUAGUUCGAGGAGCAUCUACCUGCGAGGCCCCGCGAGUCUCCCGCCGCGUCCCAUACUUCGGGACAGACGGCCGUUGAUUCGGCCGGAAGGGGAGAG